AAUUUGAGAACUGGUUAAAUUUAAUCUUGAUGUCGGACAUGAAAAACAAUCGUUUUGUAAAAAGGUGUGCCUGCCAAAAGCACAUGUACAAGACAGUGCCACACAGACAAAAUGGACCUUUGCGUAACACUGUCCUUCAAAAGAUUCUUGUAAUCAAAUGUAUUUUUCGCGGGAUAUUACAUAUGCUAUUGUUUGGUAAAUUUUUCAGAGAAACGCUGGAACAACAUUGCGAAUCCUAAAAGGGUCUCUGUGUCUUUAAGUGACAAGGCGUGUGUAAUUGUUCCUGUGUUAAGUUGCGCUCAGAUCUGUCUUGAGAUCGGCACUUGCACAGUAGGACCGCUUGGUGUAUUGCACCUCCCAACAUACCUGACUCCUGGAAUUAUUUAACUCCGAGCCAGGCACGGCGAUAAAAGGACUCUUCGACCUCUUUGUAAAACUAUAAUAGCUGACUCGGGAGCAGCAAUGUAAUUUAUAGGUGGAGUUGCGUGGUAUUUCAACCAUCUUGCGCACUACCGCUGAAGAGGAAUGGGUAAUCAAGUUGAAAAAUUGACACAUUUAAGUUACGAGGAAGUUCCAACUGCGGAUCCGAACGGCUUGGAUACCGAGGACGACGGUCCACGAAUCGGAGUGUCGUAUAUUUUCUCAACCGAUGAUGGCGAGUUGGAGGAUAACGGAGGAAUAGAUAAGGACCAGGACCAGGAAGAGAAGCAUUAUGACAAGCGCAACGAGCUGGAGUGUGCAGUGUUCAGACGAGAUGAAUGCAUUUACGAGAAAAGCUCGAAAACGGUUGACAUGUGUACGUACUCCGCUGAGAGUUUGUUAAAUAAGUGCAAACCAGGUGACUUGGUGGAGUUCGUGGCAACAGGCCAAUAUCCCCACUGGGUUGUUUACGUGGGGAACUUCCAGGUCGUUCAUUUGCACCGAGCCGAGAUAAAGAACAGUUUCCUGACCGAUGCCAGUCGGGGCAGAAGAGGUAGGAUUGUCAGUGAUCUUUAUAAAUUGAAAUCGCUGAGUCCUGAGGUUGUUGUGCAAAACGCAAUGGAACAAGUCGGACUGAAAGAUAGAGAGCUGAGUUGGAGGAACUCUGAAUGUUUUGCUGCCUGGUGCAAAUUUGGUAAGCGUGAGUUUAAAAUUGGUGGCGAGAUACGGAUCGGAAAGCAGCCUUAUAGACUUAAAAUUCAACUGUCUGAGAAAAAGGCCCAUAUUCUGGAAUUUCAGAGUUUGGAGGACUUGAUCACGGAGAAAAGGAGAAACGACCAGACUGGCAGGGCUGUCGUUAUCCAGGAGCUUGCAAACCAUCUCAACUGCGUUGAGGAAAUCAGGAGUGAGCAUAUUGCCAAUUGAUGGCAAUGAUGCUCAAAUCAAAGUGUUGGUGGGUCUCUUGGAAACCAGAUCAUUCUUCAGAGGCGGGACAAUAUUUUUAUCGACACUGAACUAAUUUACAUUUACUUAAACGAAACAUUAAGUUUCAUACGCAAUGGGCCGAUUACCCAGACAAGGAUUAAGCCUAGUCUUGGACUAAAAACAUUUCCCAAUGGAGGUGUCCACUGAAAAACGAAGCUUAUUGUUGGGCUAGGCCCAAUAUGGUGUAUGCAGCGGAACACAAAAGGGUUACUGGAUGGUUUUGACAUGAGAUGUGAGCGUCAGUAAGAGCCUUGUCAUUAACAUAAGCACAUGUGAAGCAUUAUGAAAUGUCAUGGAGAUGUUGUUUAGGUUGUAUUGUACAAAGGUACCGUUUUUGGUACUUUGGUAAUUCAUUACUAAACCCUGCCCUUGAAAUUACUGUAUUCUGCAGGUAUAAAUUUUUUUCCAUAUGACAUUAAGAACUUCAUAAUGCAACUUUUUUUCUAACCUCAUAUGAACAUAUUAAGUAAUAAAUGAUUUCUUUCAAUGUA